GUGCCAGCUUGCCUUGAAUAUUUUUACACGUCAGGAGAAAUAAAACCCAUAAUAAUAAUUCGUCACUGUCCAUUAAACAAGGACCAACAAGUGAAAGCAAAUGAUACAUCUUUUCCGCAACUCUUACACACCAGAAAAUGUUGCUUUGGCGAUACAAUAUUCGACAGCGGCGCAAAGACAUGUGUGACCCGAUUAAACGAAUCACAGAGUCUUGGAGCAUUUUUGUUCAAUAGAUCAACUGACGCAGAAAGUUCAGUGAUACUCACCCAAGGUCCACCUAAGUGUAAAGGGCCGAUCGUUAACUAUGAAAUUAACGAAAAUGAUAUCUUCCUACGAAACAAUACAUAUUCGGUGAGCAAGAAAUUAGAACUUCUAAUUGUAAAAUAAUUUUCAUAACAAUUGCGUAUCAAUUAUUAUUUUAAGUAUGCUGGAAAUUUAAAUUUUUUAGUUAGGUUAACAAUAUGCAAUUAAAGAAAAUAAAAUUUCAGUUUUACACAAGAUUUUAUUGCACAAUAUUUCUUUUGAUGUUUCGUUUUUUCACUUUUAUGCAUGAACAAAGUAUACAUUGGCACAAAUAUGAUUUCUGAAUUAUACAGUAGCGUCUAUUAAUAUUUUGACACAAAUAUUUUUAGCGAUAUUGUUUUAUUUUUACUAUAUAUCCAAAAAAUUAUCUUACCAAGGUGACAAAAAUAAAUUCUUGUACCUAAUUAAAACAAAAAUAUUGAAACUUCUUGCUCAUACAUAAAUAUUUUGUAACCAAAUUGUAUUUGAAGUCACCAUAAGUAUUUUAUCAUUAUUUGAAAUAUUAAUUUUAGCCAGAAUUUAUAACUAAAUGCUUAUAUUGUAAAUAUAUUAAUGUUCUGUCUUACAAUGUUUAGUGGCAUAUCCAUUUGCUUUGAUUACUGCCGCACAAAGAAGUGACAUUAAGUUGAGGAGCUUUAAUAUGAGAGUAAGAAGGAUUUUUAUCCAUUUUACUUUUAAAACCAUGAAAAAAAGCUUCGUAUUUGAAUAUUUGCUUUUCUUAACGUACGUACCUAAGCUCUUCCUACAUUGUCCUUGUAGGAUUUAAAUCGGGACUCUGAAUAGGCUAGUCUAAAGCUGUUAUUGUUUUCUUAUAAAUGAAGCUAAUUACAAGUUUAGAGGUGCCAAUGUAUAUUAUGUAUACAUUUUUCACUUUUUCUGAGAUGACAGUUCUUAAAAGAUGCUAUGUUAAUGUUAGUAAUAAAGAUUGGCUUCUUAAUUUAUUAAUUCCGUGAUAUUAUUUAUUCUGAUUCAAACUAAGAGCUGUGUUUGAAACCGAAAGUAACGAUACAUAGUCCAUAAGACUCAGAUAUUUUAUGCAAAAUCAAAGAAUAUUAUUUCAGGCACAAAUCCUGCUAAAAUUAAAGUUAAAACCGUACACAAGCCUAUCUUGUCUAUAAAUGUAUUAUGUACAAAACGUGAUCUAGUCUCAAUUGUACAUUAAAUGUAUUGCCAGUUAGAAAACAGCAUCAUAUUUAUCUUGCGUGGGUAAUACUGUGUAAUUGUAUAAAUUUUUAUGGCAUUAUCAUGUCAAUAGCACAAAUUUUGAUGAUGAUGGUUUUAAAAAUGCUAACAAGUUGUUACAUAAAGUUGUCACGUAAUGAAGGUAUCAAUUUAGCAACAAAUGCAAAUUUAGGCUUCAUAAUUCUGACAACAGUCAUGGUACCAAUGCUGAAAAAUAAUGUCAAAGAAGAACCAAUUACUGAGGAUAACGCUUGUCUCGAGAUGACGCCGGAUUUUGCAGUUAAAAGAAAAUUGAUAAUCCGUAUCUGCAGAGAUCCGGAAUUCUGUGACACGAACGCUUGUAUCAGAAAGUGCUGUCCGGAAGAUAGAUAUUUUUAUGAAGACGGUUGCAUUAGUUUUCUCUAUUUUACCAAUGAAGUGGGAGAAUUUUACAAUGCUUUUGUGAACGCCGUGAAUCAGAUAAAUUCGUUCACUUUCGACACGAAAAAAAGCCACGGAAUUUUGAUUCAGAAACCAUCGUGUGACUCUGUGCACAGUUACGAUCCUCAUAAUUGGGAAAAACUUGUGUUACUGACAUCAAAUGGACAUAUUUUUAUCAAUAAUUAUGAUACGGACAACAUGUACUGCUUCGAAGUCCGACAUAACUAUUCCGACUACAACUCUGUUCGUUUUGAAUUGUUUGCCUGUUCCAAAUACCUGAGUAAUGAGCAUUUUAAAAGCGCUGACUGGUGGUUCGCCAUAUUGGUCGUCAAAUGUAUAUUUCUGUUGAUGACGUUGCUAGUGUACGCGUACUUACCGAAUCUGCAAAAUAUUCAUGGAAAAACGGUUAUAUGUUAUGUGAGCAGUAUCUUGCUGACUACCAUCUGCGCAUUCAUCAGCAAUUGGUACGUCAAUGUUGGAUAUAAGCCACAAAAAACAUCGUGCAAAGUUUUAGCUUACAUCGGGUUUUUUUUUUUUCAUGCGAUAUUUUUCUGGCUUAAUGUCUUGUGCUUCGACAUAUGGCGAACAUUCGGAUCUGUGCGUGAGAAUAUGAAUAUAAAGGACCGCAAAAAUACGAAACGGUUGCUGUUGUACUGUUUACAUGGGUGGGGCAUCCCUUUACUGUUUUCAAUCUUUAUUAUCGUUGCCGAUAACACGGAUUUCCUGCCAGAAUAUCUGGCACCCGAUAUUGGCAAUAUCGGAUGUACGUUAUCAUAUAGAUACAAUUGGAAUAACUACAGCGAUUUAAUUUUCGCUUAUGGACCGCAGACGAUUGUAACAAUAUCCAACGUGCUAUUUUUCAUUCUCACGGCGAAAUAUUACAAUACAGUAAAAGCGGAUAUAAAAAAUAUAAAUACCGAUCCCAGAAGCAAACAAUUUGAUUCCAUUAAGAACAGAUUUAUCAUGUUCGUCAAACUGUUCAUCGUUAUGGGAAUGCAAUGGAUAUUCGAGACAGUAGAGUACUUCCUCGCCAAAUCUUUAGGUUUCGAUCAUCACGUGAAGGUGUUUUUUUACCUCAUUUUAGUCUUAGAUUGUCUUGAAGGUUUAUUGAUUUUCAUUAUUUUUGUUAUGAAAAAAAAUGUGUAUCAAGCUAUUCGCAAACGAUUGCAAGAUAUAAAAAAAAAUUAAUCUGCAACGUAAUGUCAUUGUUUAUUUAUAUAGUCAGGAAAAACGCGAUCAACUACGCUAUAUUUUUGUUUCAUUUACGCGACUUAUGUUUUAAAAAGAGUCGAUAACUAAGCCAUAUUGAGAAUUUAAGAGAUCGGAAAGAGGGUAACGAUAUAAAAGAGAGAGUAACAAUUUAAAUAGGAAAACAGAUGGACCAUUCCAGGGAUUUGGUUAAUCCGGAAAAGAUGAUCCUAACUAGCAAUACAAUGAAUUGAAUAAGGAAAGGAAUCAAACAGAAAGAUUGCAACAAAAGUUCGAAAAGAUCAUUGCCUGAAAGCGACAUCCUGCUCUAGUAAAAUUUAGUUUACACCAAAAUGAGUGGACAAAAGAUGACGUUGAAGAAAUCACCAAUACGUCGAAAGUAAAGCAAUCUGUCGGUUUGUCUUCUGUUCCUAAAUUUGCUGAUGAAAUGAGUGUACACUUUUAAAGUAAAAUGAAAAAAAGAGAGUACUACGGCUGCUGUAAACAUUAUGGUUACCGCCAUUAUCCCCGUUAUUAAAUAACGAAGUCAAAUAAUUUUUUAUGGAAUUAUACAAUUAAUAGCCCGCUGUUUUUAAUAGCGCUAACGUGCCAAUACACAAUAACAAUAGUUAUAAAGUACUUUUACUUUUCAGAACUUUUAAACUUUUCCAACAUAUAUAUGCACUUCAUUCCUCAUACGUCGUCAUUGUUUUUAUACUUGACCGUAUUAUCACUCGAAUAAAUGUACAUUCGAGUGCUUCUUUGUCAUUUAACUUUAUGUUCAGCUAUACACACUUUGAAUUACGCGGAGUAACACAAUACCAUGGAAUUUUGUUAAUAGUUUUUUAAACAAUAUUUUCGUAUCGAAAUAUUUCUUCGAUAAAUCGACUGUUAUUUUAAAGCGCAUUGUUCAGAAACACUAAAAGUAGAAGCACUCUUCUAAUCUAUAAAGUUUAAAAGUCAGUAAGGUUAGAAAGGAUGUUCCAAUCCAGUCUAAUGCAGGAAUACAAAACACAGCUAUUCGCCACCGAAAUUUGACGAGCUCAAGUAAUUCUCCAAAGAUUUGUCUAGAUGCGAAAAUGUAAAUAAGGACAUCUUAAUCGACUCGUCAUUAAGAAACAUGGAAGUAAAUGCCAUGCACAAGCAGUGGGCUUUGCACAAGGGCAUAGAUGUUCCGUAAAUUGCACACUCUGCACAAGGACAUGAUCAAUUCACAAUCAAUCUCUCUCUUAUCGUCUCAGGACAGUACAUUUUAAUUUGCCAUUUUUUCAUACAAUUUUUGAUUUACCAAAUAAAAUGUAUCAAACACGUCAACCAGAGUAUGAUUCUCUUAAUGUAUCGUCGGACAUGGAAAAUUUAUUAUAUUAUCAAUAAUAAGAAUGUACGAUAGUUUUUGUAAAGAUAUUGUAAACAAGUCAUAAAUAUAUGUCUGUGUAAAAUCUGUA